GCGUUUGUCAGUGACAGUGGGUGCCCGUGGCUUGUGGGACAGUGGUAUUUGGGCUGGCUGAAGGCAGCUGCUCCAACGUAGCCAGCGAAACCAUGGGGAUGCUGCGGUGGCUCUGGAAAAGCCCCCACGCCCUGCUUCCCCCUGUGGAAGUGUGCAAUUCUCCAGUAACGGGACGUUCACCGUGGCAGCGGCAGUUCCCAGGGGUCUGGGCUUGCUGCCCACACAGCCCAGGAGCAGCUCCAGUGAAGUCUGUCCCAAGCACUGUGCCAGCAGCUUGCAGGUGGCUGAGCUUUAAAGUCCAGCUGGGACUUCUGUAAUAGAGAAAUGUAACAUCAGAGAAAGCAUAAGUUCAGAUGUCCACAGAUGCAUCUCGUUCUUGGUGGCUGCGUUGCAUGUGGGGACCAGCCACUUUUCUAGGCCCUUGUUCGGCAAGAAGAAACCCUGAGAAGAGCUGGGGUAUCACACUGCAGGUCAACCCUGCCAGGUGCUGGGAUGGACUGUGAUGCUGCAUGGGUGAAGGCCACGUCCCUCUUCUGGGUCCUCACUCCCGAUGCCUCCCCUUCUGGGCCAAGAUGUGGGACGUUACAGAGCCUUUCAAGUCCUCUCAGGCUGAUGAAGCAGUAGAAGGUGAGCCUGCCUUGGUGUAUCUAACAAGGCACCACAAGAGACUGGCAGUGAAUACAUGUGCCUAUGCCAUCUUCUCCUGCAAACUUCUCCAUGACCUCAGACCAGAGCAGAACCGUGAGAAGGGUUUGCCGACUUCCUUGGGGGACAGCCACAGGCUGAAGGUUGGGAUUAUCAGCAGUGGCCACAUUGGGAAGCAGCUGGCCUGAGCGCUCCUGAUGCUGAGCUGAGCUCCAUGCCCCAGUAUCCCUGUUUUCACCAGGUGCCCUGAAAGCCUGGUAAGCCUGCCGAAGCAGGGGCUCACGUGCUUUUGCAGCAACGCUCGGCUGCUGGCCUGGGUGGAUGUCGUGUUCCUCUGCUGCCUCCUGUCACGCGUGCUGUCCCUCUGCUCUGUCGUUUGGCCUGCCAUCCAGAAACGCUGCAUUGUGUACAGCCUCAUCACCACCAUCCCUCUCCUCAGGUGUGAGAUGAGAAUAUCUCUUCACACCUGUGUGCAUACUAGUAAUUGGCAUUUGAUUUUGUUUGUCUUGCAGGAGAAAAUAAGAGUUGAUGCUGAAUGGCUAGUGGCCGUUUUCUAUGCAGCCCUGAACAGCAGCAUGUGGCUGAACCUGCCUCAUUAGAAGGCACUGAAAUUACUCAGUGAGCUCUGUUUUCCUGAAUACUGCCCAAUCUGUGCAGAGCAGAAAAUUUCCCACCCAUGGUUUGUGUGCAAGAGUUUUGUCAGCAGAGGUUUUGCCUUGUCAGUGACUCAAAAGGAAACCUUCCCCUGGUUUGACCUGAUAGCUGCACAGCUAGAGUCUCCCUUUAGCCACAUGCUAGAAAAGAGUGAGCUUGUCUGGUGCCAUCUUGCUAUACCAUAGCAGGCAUCCUUUGGAGAUGAUGUGGACUGAAUCAGCACCAAGUCAUCUCUUACUUCAGCUGUAGCGGAGCCUGGUGUGACGUUAGAUGACAAGUCUCCAUCCUCCACAGCUGCCUCCAACAUUUUCUCAGAAAUUCCAGAGGAAACUGCUGACCGUGAUUCUAAAUCCUUGUAAACUAUAACGAAGCCCAUGGCAGAAUGCUUUGCUGAGAUCUCAUCCCAGCCCCCUCACAGGACUGAGGGGUGCAAGAACCAGCACUGUUUGCUCCUGCACUCUUUAAAAUAUUCCAGCCAAUAGCCUUACGUACACAUUUACUUCUACAAGUUUCGCCCUGUAGACUGCUCAGAAAACUUGCUUGUCCCUGGCUGCCUGAGUCCUGCUUUAUUUUGGUCUGAAUUUGCUUAUUAUAUAAUCAUCUUGGCUUAUGAACUGCUUCAGUUUCAAUGGGUUUCUGUUGCAGUUUCAAUAGAAAACUGAAUUACAAAACCAAAUUAGUUAUUUUGUAGUGGCUACAGCUUUGGUGUAAAUAACUAAACAGGACUGGGCCCAAUCUUUUUUUUUUUUUCUUUUUUUUUUUAAUUUUUAGCAUGGCGGAUCUUGAGGAAGCUGUUGAUGCCAGACAAAAAAGUAAUGAUUUAGUCAGCAGCAUUCUUUCUGUUGAGGCAGGCUUUAAUCGGCAUUUAAUCAUACUUCCUUGCUGGUGAUAAUGCACACCACCACCACCACCGACUACGUGUUACUUCUUUCAAGGAGAAAGGAGGAUAACUGGAUAUUCUGUCCAAAUCCACCCAGGACAAAGCUUUUAUUAUUCCCCAAAAUCUUUAGUUCAGUUUACAGUAUUCUCUUACACUUCCUGCCAUCAUCUAUCAUGUGUUUCAGUACUGUUUACUAUGAUAAACCACUGAUUGGUUUUGUCUCACAGGAAAUAAUUUUUGUGGUGAGGCCAGGGAUUAGUUGUGCAUGUUGUAACUAAGCCCCUCGCUUAAUUACGACUGCCAACAGCAGCUGGCACCACACCUGUACACCAGUUAUUGUAUAUGCCAUUUAUCUGACAUGCGGGCUUUACAGUGAGACCACUCUGCAGAUGCUAAAGCCUGGGAGAAAUCUAUUCACUUGAGCUGCAGGGAAGUUGUUAUCAUCACUGGUAAUUAAAAUACGUCUGUGAUUGCUUUUUGGUCUUUUUAAUAAAAUGUGAAGCACAAGUGAAAGACA